UUGCGAGAAGCUUGUUGCUUGUUGAAUGGAGAAGGCUAAGUAAUAACUAACGGUUGAUGUCUUCAUCUCUGUUCACGCUUCUGUCUGUCUCCUGGUCUUCCACCCCUCUCAGUUACAACUUACAAGUGCUACAAGUCUCAAGAAAAGAAAGAUAGAAAAAAAAAGCAUUAAUGAAAAUAAAUACUAUGAGUUUUGCCUUUAUGGCAUUCCAGCUACCACACUUUUACUUGCAGCAUGCAAUGUUUGAUUAAAUUUUCUGUCGUCCUUGCUGUGGAUUGAUUUCACUUUGUGGGUAACUGCGAUGUUUGUGUUGCCAUGUGAUUUCAGUGCACCUGUUCCGAUACAUUCGUUGUUGCGUUGCUUUCACUUAUCCCUCGGGUUUCGUUCAUUCUUACACUCAGCGAAGUAGUCUUAAUUUUUUAUAAAUUGUUUUCUAGCAAAAUUAUGUAGACACCUCCGUUAGCUUAAGUUAACUUCUACAACCGUUCCCCACAAUGCCCUUCAAAUUCUUCCUCAUCAUCUUAUCCACUAUGUGUUCCCUGCUUCAUCAAGUUUCACACUUUCGUGUUGGAUUUGGAUUUGGAUUUGGAUUUGUAAUUUGUUCUCUUUAGUUUUGUGGGUCUCCAAAAAAAAAAAUGAAGGACGAGGUGGAUUCCCCUUUUGGUGUUCUUGAGGACUAUUUCAACUUCAAGAGUUCAGAAUCAGAAACAAGCUCUUCCAAAGAACCAAGUACUAUUGUGGAUUCUGAUAAGUUAAAACCAGGUUCUAGGUGGAAUGCGUUUCUUCAAUUGUUGAGGGUCAAAUCGAAGCCAAUAGCUACAUUGCAUCCUCUUAGUGUCCUCAAGCUUUCAAGAAGAAUGAGCAGUAGCAUGAGGGAGACUGUAAUAGAUGCAGAUUCGUCCUUGCAUAGGUCACCCUGGAAGAUCUUCACUCACCAUGAGAUACAAAUUGCAACCAAUUACUUCAUCCAAGAAAAUUGUAUUGGAAAGGGUGGUUAUGCUGAGGUUUACAAAGGGUGUUUGCCAAAUGGUCAGCUGGUAGCGAUUAAAAUGCUGACACGUGGAACAGAAAACGAAACUAUAGGUGACUUCUUAUCAGAACUUGGUAUAAUGGCUCAUGUAAACCACUCCAACACUGCCAAGUUAGUUGGCUAUGGGGUGGAGGGAGGAAUGUAUCUAGUGCUUGAGUUGUCUGAAAAAGGGUGCUUAGCUUCAAUGCUUAAUGGUUCCAAGGAGAAACUACCAUGGUCUUUUAGGCAGAAAAUAGCAUUAGGAACAGCUAAGGGUAUAAUGUAUCUUCAUGAAGGUUGUCAGAGAAGAAUUAUCCAUAGAGAUAUAACAGCGGCAAAUAUCUUGCUUACUGAGAACUUUGAGCCGCAGAUUUGUGAUUUCGGGCUAGCAAAAUGGCUACCAGAAAAUUGGACCCAUCACAUUGUUUCAAAAAUUGAAGGGACUUUUGGUUAUCUUACUCCUGAAUACUUGCUUCAUGGGAUAGUGGAUGAAAAAACAGAUGUAUUUGCGUUUGGUGUAGUGCUAUUAGAAUUAGUCACAGGGAGACGAGCACUUGAUCAUUCACAACAAAGCCUUGUUUUGUGGGCAAAACCUUUGCUGAAAAAGAAUUGUAUUAGGGAGCUGAUUGAUCCUUCAUUAGCCGAUGAUUUUGACUGUCGGCAGAUUAAAAUUAUGCUCUUGGCAGCUUCUUUAUGCAUUCAACAAUCCUCUAUUCGUCGCCCCUCUAUGAAACAGGUUGUACAACUUUUGAAUGGUAACCUUAGCUGCUUUAAGUUCACGAAGAAAUCUCAACAUCCAUUGUUCCGAAAAGUCUUUCAAGAAGAGCUUCUUGACGCUGAUUAAUUGAAAGAAACAUAAAUCAUACGAGUAACAGCAACACUAAAUUGUGAUGAUUGAAUGAUGAUGGUGAUGUAUCUAAUCCUUUUCAAUUUUACAUUUUCCCCCAAAAGGAAAAAAGUUCUUUUCCCCCCAUACGUCAUUGAAAGAAUUGGAGUUUCUAAAUGUAGAAAUUGCCCAUAACAAAUCGAAUAUAUUGUAGUUUAUGAAACACAAA